ACAAGACGUCCUUUCAACUGCAUUUUACUGUGUAUGUCGUGCUGCUAACUUACUGAGGGACUUUACCUAAACGCAGUGGAAGAUUCUUCAGUGCCUGCCCAUCACAGAACAACAUGAAACAGGCUAAACUUGGAGCCAAGGGCAAGUUAAAGGAAACAGCAGUGGGAUUUGUCCUGGGAGCAGUCGGAGGCUGCAUACUGGGAGCCACAGAGGACCCACUGGACAAGAUUGUGUCAGUGAUGACUACAAGUAGUUCAUUAAAACCGGUGGUGGAGGAAGCUAGGACAGUGGGUGCUCUGGGACUGGGGACUCUCAUGGGGGCCACAGCGCUGACAACAGCAAUGACAUCAGUGAUAGCUGGUGUGAUUCUCGCAGCAGUGAUAACAUCAGUGUUUGCAGCCACAGGAAGAUGCACUGGCUCCCACAAACACUCUGUUGGAUUAUGGGCAUCAGCAGGAUUUGCUGGUGCCUUCGGGACAACCCUUAGUGGAGUCAUGCUUGGAAGUGCAAUUGAAUGGAUUGUUAAGAAGUAUAGCAUGGUAGGACUUCUGUGGGCUCUCAGCUUAUUCACUAUUCUCAAACCACCUAUGCGUUUUCUGUUCAGGAUCCUCUGGAAACAGGGAGAGGUCUGUUGCACUCUGGGGUCCGAUGCCAGGUCAUUGGAGAGGGAGAACCUUGAGAUCAGUGACUGGCAGCAGAGACAGAGGGUGACCUUGCAGAUAGAGAAAAGGAUCUUGUCACUGGAGAAAGGAAGCAGCACAAGUGGGAUGGAGGACAGGACAAGAUGGGUCACUGAACAAAAGGAGAGGGAGCAGAUAGAGAGGAAGAGGCUUAAGAAUGAAGAGGCUGAGAUGAAGCAAAAAACCCUCCAUGACUGGAUCAACACGGUGAUGAUGAAACAUGUUGACUUUUUGGCUUUCUCAGGAGUUCCAAUGACAAUAAUUACCAUGGUAACAUCAGGAUUUGGUCUGUUUGGUUAUGGAAACCACCAGUCUGUGUUAAUAGUGCUUCUAGCUUUAGUUAGCCUGAUGGGCUAUUUUCUUCUGCAAUCUUCUGACUUUAACUUUUGGAUGUUGCUCGGGUGCAUGGGAAUGUUUGCAACUUUUGUCAUCGCCAUGCUCACCCUGCACGCCGGGCAGGUGGUCGUAACAACUGCAAUGAAGUUAAGAGUAGCAGGUCAUAAUCAGUCCAGAGAAACCAUCAGCGCUCAUAUGAACUACCAGUCCUCUCUAGAAGCUGUGAAGACUGCAUUCUUUGGUGCAAAGCUGUGUCAGCUGGGCUUGGGGGCUACAGUUGGUGGGACACUAGUAAGACAUUCAACUGGGAAGGUAAGAGUUAUAGCAGGGGCAGCUUCGGUAGCAGGAGGUUUAUUAGUUGGGAUGGAUGUUUUAUCCCCAGUUCUGGGUGAAGGGGGGGCAGCUGGAGCAUUGCUUGGUGUGGUGGGAGCAGCUGGGGUGUCUGUGGGUGCAACAGCAGCUGCAGCUGGAAGAUGGUCAUCAUGGCAAGGAACUUUGGGAACAACAGUAGGGUUAAUUAUAGGAGCAUUAGGGAUGGGAAAAUGGCAUACUGUCAAUAUUGGAUUGCAGCUGCCUGUGGCCUAUGUCUUUGCAAUGACCAAACCUUUUUAACCAAAAAUUUGUGUCCAUGAUAUUAUUGAUUUCGACCUGCCAUUGUUGUAUAAAGUAUAAAAACCACACCAGUGAGAAUAUUUUACAUGUCACCACAUCCCACAAGUACCGGAUGCAAGAAUACCAACGUGCUAAUUGAGGCCUGUAGUGAAGAGAAAACUGUGAAAAUGAUAUAUAUAUAU